AUGGAUGCUGAAGAAUUUCGACAAAGAGGAAAAGAAAUGGUCGAUUAUAUAGCUGAUUAUUUAACAAAUAUUCGAACCAGACGUGUAUUUCCAGAUGUUAAACCAGGUUAUAUGCGACCAAUGAUUGCUGAAGAAGCACCGGAACAUGGUGAACAAUGGGAAGAUAUUUUUAAAGAUAUUGAUCGUGUAAUUAUGCCUGGUAUUACACAUUGGCAAUCUCCUUAUAUGCAUGCAUAUUUUCCAGCAUUAAAUUCUUAUCCAUCGUUACUUGGAGAUAUGUUAGCAAAUGGUUUAAAUCAAUUAGGAUUUACUUGGGCAUCAAGUCCAGCAUGUACGGAGUUAGAAGCAGUUGUUAUGGAUUGGUUAGCAAAAAUGAUUGGUUUACCUAAUGAUUUUCUUCAUUCACAUGCUGAUACAACUGGUGGAGGAGUUAUUCAAACAACAGCUUCUGAAGCAACACUUGUUGCAUUACUCGCUGCUCGCAAAGAAGGUAUUCGUCGGGUUCAAGCACAGUUUCCUUAUUUAAGUCCAGCAGAGAUUAAUGGACGUCUUGUGGCUUAUUGUUCUGAUCAAGCACAUUCAUCCGUUGAAAAAGCAUGUCUUAUUGGUUUAGUUAAAUUAAAUCUUGUACCCAGUGAUGAGAAAUUACGCUUACGUGGUAAUGCAUUACGACAAGCAAUUGCGAACGAUAAAGAAAACGGUCUUAUUCCAUUUUAUCUCUGUGCAACAUUAGGUACAACAGGUGUCUGUGCGUUUGAUAAUCUUGUUGAACUUGGUUCCAUAUGUGAACGAGAAAAUAUUUGGAUACAUGUUGAUGCAGCUUAUGCUGGAAGUGCUUUUAUCUGCCCGGAAUUUCGACAUUUUAUGAACGGUGUAGAAUUAACACAAUCAUUCGCAUUUAAUCCAUCAAAAUGGAUGAUGGUUCAUUUCGAUUGUACAGCUAUGUGGGUAAAAUCAAGUGCUGCUUUACAUCGAGCAUUUAAUGUUGAUCCAUUAUAUCUUCAGCAUGAAAAUGCUGGUGUAGCAAUUGAUUAUAUGCAUUGGCAAGUACCAUUAAGUCGUCGAUUUCGUGCAUUAAAACUUUGGUUUGUUAUCCGUUCAUUUGGUGUUGAAGGUCUUCAGAAACAUAUUCGAAAUAGUGUUCAAAUGGGAAAAUUAUUUGAAUCAUUAGUUAAAUCUGAUGCUCGAUUUGAAAUACCGGCUGAACGACAUCUUGGUCUUAUUGCGUUUCGAUUAAAAGGUGAAAAUGAAUUAACUGAACAAUUAUUAAAAGAUAUAAAUAGUGGUGGACAAAUUCAUUGUGUUCCAGCAUCAAUCAAGGGCAAAUAUAUUAUUCGUUUUACAGUCACAGCUAGUUCAACAAAUGCCGAUGAUAUUAAUCGUGAUUGGAAUAUAAUUCAACAAUCAGCUAGUAAAAUUCUUCAUCCAUUAGAUAAUCUUACACCACAAGAACGACGAAAUAAAAUGAAAAAUCUUCAUGAUGAUUUUCGUAUGUCACUUGUUUUAUCAAAUACUCCACAUAGUCCAUGUCUAAUAAAUGGAAGUUUUGCUGCUAUAUUUUCUCCUAAUACACGACGUAUAUAUGCAAUGACACAUGAAUUAAGUCAACGUGCAUUAAAAAAUUCUCUUUUACCAAUAUCAACAAGACGACGAUCAAGAAAUUUUUCUGUACAACCAACAUUAAAUAAACAUCUUAGUAUUGAUGGUUGGCUGGAUAAUAAUGAACAACAAAAUAAAUGUUUAGUUAUAUCAGCACCUUCAUCAGCAUCGAUUAGUCGACAAGGAAGUUUAGAUUCACGUAUAGAAGAAAUUUUAGACAAUAAUUCGAUGGAUAAUCAUAAUAAAACAAAUUAUGAAGUUUUAUUAACAUCAUCAAAUGAUCCUACUGAACAUCAAAUAAUUGUACCAAAAAUUGUCAAAGAAUAA